CGUAUAAUCUGAUAUUACGUAGAGCGAUGGCCAGGAAAAUUUUUCGUUGCAAAAGCUCCUGUUUGUACGUGCGUGUUUCCUUUUCCAUCACGAUGCGCGAGUUUUUCUUCUUCUUCCAUGUCUUACCAAAUCCAAGGGCAACUUUUUCUCGCGUUAAUUGUUUCAUACUCGAGUGAAUACUUGCAUUUGCAUUUUUAUGCAGUUAUUCAGUUGGAUGGUGCAUUGUUAGUCGGUUAUGUAUGGAUGAGAAUGUUUGUUUUGGUUGAAUACACGCAACGCGGUAUAUUAAUUUUUUUCUUCUUCAUGAGUAGGGGUAGAAAGCUAAUUUUUUGGACAGUUCCUACCACUCCGCAAUGAUGAGGUAUAAAUACUGCAAAAAUCGUCGAGAACAUCAACAGUCUUUGUUCAACAACAACAUUAACUAAAAUGAAGUUCCAAGUUUGUGUUGUCAGUUUUUUUGUCGUCUUAGUUGUCACUUUUGCGAGUGGGAAGAAGGCGGAAAGCAAAACUGUAACUGACAAGAAGGACAAAAGGGGGUUGUUUGAUUUGGGUUAUGGAGGAGGUGGUGGCUUCGGAGGACACGAUCUUGGAGGUGGAUUAGGAGGAUUCGGGCAUGGCGGUUCGGGCGGUGGAUUUGGAGGCGGCGGAUUUGGAGGUGGCGGAUUCGGAGGUGGUGUUGAAACACAGGGACAUGUGAAGCACAUCACCAUCCACAAGGAAACGCCGUAUCCGGUGCCGCAUCCGGUUCCAGUUCCAGUUGAGAAGACUGUACCAUACCCAGUUCAAUAUCCGGUUCAUGUGCCAAUCGAUAAACCGUAUCCAGUUCACGUACCACAACCAUACCCAGUCCCAGUUGAUAAACCUAUCCCAUACACUGUUGAGAAGACCGUCCCAUACCCAGUCAGUGUACCUGUAAAGGUACCAGUUCCACACCCAUACCCAGUACCAAUUCCAAAACCAGUCCCAUACACUGUUCACAAGCAAGUCCCAUAUCCAGUCAAAGUACCAGUCAUCGUUCACAAGAAAAUUCCAAUCUACGUUAAGGGACACGACAGUGGACUUGGCGGAGGCUUUGGAGGAGGAUUUGGUGGUGGACAUGGAGGUGGAUUCGGAGGAGGAUUUGGUGGUGGACAUGGAGGUGGAUUCGGAGGAGGACAUGGCCUUGAUUUUGGACACCAUUAAGAACAAGGACUGUUCCACCGAAAAUCUUCAAUUUCCAAAUGUCGCACUAGCUCUACCAACAUUUUUAUACCAA